UAUAUAAAGGAUGGCUAUAGAGGGACUUCUGUCCUUCCCUCUUAGCCACCAUGGGGCUAAGGCUUACCAGCCUUUUGACACUAUGGCUGGCCAUCUGCUAUGCAACUGAAGUUAGAAAAGGAAGAACUUCUAGCCAUGGCCACUAUGUCUGCAGUACUUGGGGGAACAACCACUUCAAAACUUUUGAUGGAGAUUUCUAUCAGUUUCCUGGUGUCUGUGAAUACAACUUUGUUUCUGACUGCCGUGAAUCUUACCAGGAGUUCUCUGUCCAUAUCCAGCGUGAGCUGAAUCAGCAAGGGCACCCUGACAUUCAAUAUGUCCUUAUCACAAUUAAGGAUGUUACAAUCUACCUCACUCACAAGAUGGUGGUGGUGGAUGGGCAAAUUGCAAGGACUCCAUACUAUCAUUCUGGUAUUCUGAUUGAGAAGAAUGAUAUGUAUACAAAACUCUAUGCCAGAGUGGGCCUAGUUUUGAUAUGGAACAGAGAAGAUGCUUUGAUGAUUGAACUGGACACCAAGUUUAACAACGGUACUUGUGGUCUUUGCGGGGAUUAUAACGGCCAGCAGGUUUACAAUGAAUUUCUCUCCAAUGGACUAAGCUACAAUCCAAUCACAUUUGGAAACCUACAGAAGAUUAAUAAACCCAAUACAGUAUGUGAAGACCCUGAUGAGACACAACCUAUUGAAUCUUGCAACCAACAUCGUGAGGAGUGUGAGAAGCUGCUGACUGCUCCGGCUUUUGCGGAUUGUCAGUCCCGCCUGAAUCUGGAACAGUAUAUCCAAGCCUGCAUGCAGGACAGAUGUGCUUGCCAGCACACCGAGGACUCCUUCUGCCUUUGCAGCACCAUCUCAGAGUUUUCCCGUCAGUGUUCCCAUGCUGGUGGCAAUCCUCAGAACUGGAGGACAUCACACCUGUGUCCUAAGUCAUGUCCUGGAAACAUGAUCUACCUGGAAAGUGGCUCACCCUGUAUGGACACCUGUUCACACCUGGGGAUCAGCAAACUAUGUGAAGAACACUACAUGGAUGGCUGUUUUUGCCCUGAAGGCACAGUAUAUGAUGAUAUCACUGGGAAAGGCUGUGUGGCCACGAGCCAGUGUUACUGCAAACUUCGUGGGCAAUUAUUUCCCCCUGGUAAAAACAUCACCAAUGACUGUGAAAGCUGCACCUGCCAAUCAGGUAGAUGGAUAUGCCAGGAUUUACCCUGUCCCAGUAAAUGUGCAGUGGAGGGAGGAUCUCACAUUACUACCUUUGAUGGAAAGAAGUACACCUUCCAUGGUGACUGCUACUAUGUGCUGAGCAAGAGCAUACAGAAUGACUCACAUGCCCUCUUGGGAGAACUAGGCCCAUGCGGUUCUACUGACAAGCAGACAUGCCUAAAGACGGUGGUACUGUUAAUAGACGAGAAGAAAAACGUCGUAGUUUUCAGAUCAGAUGGUACUGUAUUACUGAAUGAAAUAGAAAUUCAUUUGCCUCAUGUAACAGCCAGCUUCACAGUUUUCCAGCCGUCUUCAAACUACAUUAUUUUGCAGACAUCCUUCGGCCUCAGGCUGGAGAUCCAGCUGGUUCCAGUUAUGCAGCUCUUUGUCAUUGUGGACCAGACUGCCCAGGCAACUCUCCAAGGUCUUUGUGGGAAUUACAAUGGAAUAGAAGGAGAUGACUUCAAGACAUCAAGUGGAUUAGUAGAAGCAACAGGGGCUUCCUUUGCAAAUACGUGGAAAGCACAAGCCAGCUGCAGUGAUAAGUUGGAUAACUGGGACCACCCUUGUACUCUUAGCGUUGAGAAUGAAAAGUAUGCUGAACAUUGGUGCUCUUUGUUGAAAAGUACAGAAACUCCUUUUGCCAGAUGUCACUCAGUCAUUGAUCCAACAGAUUAUUAUAAGCGCUGCAAAUAUGAUACCUGUAAUUGUAAUGCCAACGAAGAAUGUAUGUGCGCUGCCCUAUCAUCGUACGCAAGAGCCUGUGCCUUCAAAGGGGUCAUGUUAUGGGGCUGGAGAAAGAAUGUCUGCAACAAAGAAGAAUCCUCUUGCCAAGCCAGCCAAGUCUUCCGUUACAAUCUGACCUGCCAGCAAACUUGCCGCUCUCUUUCUGAUGGUCAUAAGCACUGCUUGAAAGGCUUUACUCCAGUAGAUGGCUGUGGCUGCCCUGAUAAUUCCUAUAUGGAUGACAAUGGCAAAUGUGUGCCAAUUGCUCAGUGCCCGUGCUAUUACAAGGGUGUGCCCAUAAAUCCCGGAUAUGUUAUAAUGAAACAGGAUGAGCGCUGUGUUUGCAGACAUGGAAGAUUUCAAUGUGUGUCAGUGGACGUACCCCAUGAACGUAGGUGUAGAAUUUCAUGUUACAUUAUGACUUUUUCCAGUUUGAGUUAUCAUCUGUAUGAUUUUGAAGUUGUGCUUAAGAAAGCAAUUAUUUUGAAAUUGUGCUUAAGAAAGUGCUCACCCAACAUGACAUAUUUUGACUGCAACAAGUUUGACAGUUGGUCUUCCCAAACACCAGUGCAUCUUAGCUGCCAAACACUGGGAAACGAUCAGUUCCAGACAGAGUGUGUUUCAGGAUGUGUGUGCCCUGAUGGAUUGAUAGAUGAUGGCAGAGGGAGAUGUGUCCAAGAACAGGACUGCCCAUGCAUUCAUAACAAAGAUUUUUACUCCCCCGGAGAAACAGUAAAUGUGGACUGCAACACAUGUACUUGUCAAAGAGGAAGCUGGAACUGCACCACCAAUUCAUGCUUUGGGACAUGUACUGUUUAUGGGAGUGGCCAUUACAUCACAUUUGACGGAAAAUUCUAUGACUUUGAUGGCAACUGUGAAUAUGUGGCUAGUCAGGAUUACUGUGGAAACAGCAAUUUGGAGGGAACAUUUAGUGUCAUCACAGAGAAUGUCCCAUGUGGAACAACUGGAGUCACCUGUUCCAAGGCCAUUAAAGUUUUCCUUGGGAGCACUGAAAUAAAGUUGGAAGAUAAACAAAUAGAAACAAUUGAGAUGAAUACCACUAGCACUGUGACUUACUGGAUUCGUGAGCCAGUCGGGCUGUACAUUGUAAUAGAAACCAGCAAUGGUGUUGUUCUCAUCUGGGACAGGAAGACUACUAUUUUCAUCAAGCUGGCACCCUAUUUUAAAGGAAAAGUCUGUGGCUUAUGUGGCAACUUUGAUGGCAAGGCCAGUAAUGACUUCACUACAAGGGACAUGGUCCAAGAAAUGAGUGCACUGGCAUUUGGAAAUUCAUGGAAAAAGGAUACUGCAUGCCCUGAUGUUGAUGUAGACCCUGAGCCCUGUGAAAAGAAACCUCAUCGCAAAUCCUGGGCAGAGAAAGAAUGCAGCCUCAUCAAAAGUGUUGUGUUUGAAGAAUGUCAUUCAAAAGUGGCUCCAGAUCAGUACUAUGAAGCUUGUGUACAUGAUGCUUGUGCCUGUGACUCUGGAGGCGACUGUGAGUGCUUCUGUACUGCAGUGGCUGUCUAUGCACAAGAAUGCCUCAAAGCUGGAGCUUGUGUCUACUGGAGGACUCCUGACAUAUGCCCAAUCUUUUGUGAGUACUGGAAUCCUACAGAUAUAUGUGAAUGGCACUAUGAGCCUUGCGGAAGUGAUGUUCUUACCUGCAAGAUCCUUAAUCAAGUCAGCACCAACUUUUCAGUGCCAUACCUGGAAGGUUGCUACCCACGAUGUCGUCCAGAGACGCCUAUCUACAUUGAAGAGACUAACACAUGUGGGACAAGUGAUAUGUGUGGCUGCUAUAUUGACGGUGUUUACUAUAGACCUGGACAGCAAAUACCCACAGAUGAUCUGUGUACAAAUUGUUUCUGUGUUUAUGCUGGAAAAACGAAAUGUGAACCCCAAAGAGUUCUUGCAGCUCCGUGCUUAAUGCUUGCAUGUGAAUGGAGUAAAUGGUAUGAUGUCAGUGUACCCGAAGAAGGACCAGAAGGUGGUGACUUUGAGACAUAUGAUGCCAUAAGAAUUAAAGACGGAAGCGACUUUUGUCCAUCAGCUCCACAAAACAUACAGUGCAGGGCUAAAAAUGCACCUGAUACGGAUAUUGCAGAUUUGGAACAGAAAGUGGACUGUAAUGUCACUUAUGGGCUCAUUUGUAGAAACAAAGACCAGGAUCAGAGUCUCUGGACCCUCUGCUAUAAUUAUGAGAUACGCGUCAACUGUUGUAAAAUCGUUCCUUGUGGUGCUAUUAUAACCACUACUCCUACCACUACUCCCUCCACUACUACCACUACCACUACACCAACAACCACUACCCCUACGCCAUCUACCACCACAACUACCACUCCUACCACUACUCCUACCACUACUCCCUCCACCACUACCACUACCACUACACCAACUACCACUACCCCUACGCCAUCUACCACCACAACAACUACCACUCCUACCACUACUACUACUUCCACGCCGGCUACCACAACGCCAACAGGUAAUGCAUUAAAUGUUACUUUUUGUCCCCCCAAGGAAGUAUGUUCAUGGUCCGAGUGGAUUGAUGUCAGUUUCCCACAAUAUGGCCCACAGUAUGGUGACUAUGAAACCUAUGACAACAUCAGGGCAGCCAACAUAGAGAUCUGUACAAGGCCAGAAAACAUAUCGUGCAGAGCAGUGAAAUUUCCUGAUUACUCCCUCAAGAAAUUGGGACAAAAAGUGGAAUGUGAUGUUUCGACUGGACUUACUUGUCACAAUAAAGAUCAGGUCGUUGGGCCUGACACUGUGUACCCUGUAGAUAUGUGUCUCAACUAUGAGAUCAGUGUAUAUUGCUGCUAUACGGUACCUGAUUGCUCAACUACACCAUCAACCACAACUCCUACCACAACUACACCAACUACCACUACUCCAUCAACCACCACCACAACUACCACUCCUACCACUACUACUACUUCCACGCCGUCUACCACAACGCCAACAGAACCUUGUCCUGAGGUAUGCGAGUGGUCCGAGUGGAUUGAUGUCAGUUUCCCACAAUAUGGCCCACAGUAUGGUGACUAUGAAACCUAUGACAACAUCAGGGCAGCCAACAUAGAGAUCUGUACAAGGCCAGAAAACAUAUCGUGCAGAGCAGUGAAAUUUCCUGAUUACUCCCUCAAGAAAUUGGGACAAAAAGUGGAAUGUGAUGUUUCGACUGGACUUACUUGUCACAAUAGAGAUCAGGUUGUUGGGCCUGACUCUGUGUACCCUGUAGAUAUGUGUCUCAACUAUGAGAUCAGUGUAUAUUGCUGCAAAGUAAGAGAUAAUUGCACAACUACACCAUCAACCACAACUCCUACCACAACUCCUACCACAACUACACCAACUACCACUUCUACCACUACCUCUACUCCAUCAACCACCACCACAACUCCUACUACUACUUCCACACCAUCAACCACGACACCACCAACUACUACUCCUACCACCACAACACCACAUUGGAAUACCUCUACCACUACACCAACUAGCACUUCCACAACUACCACUUCUACCACUACCUCUACUCCAUCGACCACCACCACAACUCUUACUACUACUUCCACACCACCAACCACCACUCCUACUACUACUUCUACUCCAUCUACUACCACCACAGCUCCUACUACUACUACUUCCACACCAUCAACCACGACACCAACUACUACUCUUACCACCACAACACCACAUUGGGAUACCUCUACCACUACACCAACUACCACUUCUACCACUACCACAUCUACCACUACCUCAGCACCUACCACUACACCAACUACCACUCAUACUGCCACGACAUCCACCCCCACACCACCUACUACUACGCCAACUACCACUGCUACUACUACCUCCACUGCACCUACAACUACACCAACUACCACUCCAACCACUACAUCUACGGCAACAACCACUACGCCAACCACCACUCCAACCACCACCACUACUACAGCACCUUGUCCUGAGGUAUGUUCAUGGUCUGAUUGGAUUGAUGUCAGUUUCCCACAUUAUGGCCCACAGUAUGGUGACUAUGAAACCUAUGACAACAUCAGGGCAGCCAACAUAGAGAUCUGUACAAGGCCAGAAAACAUAUCGUGCAGAGCAGUGAAAUUUCCUGAUUACUCCCUCAAGAAAUUGGGACAAAAAGUGGAAUGUGAUGUUUCGACUGGACUUAUUUGUCACAAUAAAGAUCAGGUUGCUGGGCCUGACACUGUGUACCCUGUAGAUAUGUGUCUCAACUAUGAGAUCAGUGUAUAUUGCUGCUAUGUGGAUCCUGAUUGCUCAACUACACUAUCAACCACAACUCCAAGUACCACUACACCAACUACUACCACCACCACAAGUACAACUACCAUCACAACUCCAAGUACCACUACACCAACUACCACUAUCUCUACAACUACAGAGUGUGUCGUGUGUGAUUGGUCUUCUUGGAUUAAUACGGGUUCCCCAAGUGGUGACAAGGAUGGUGGUGACAAUGAAACUUAUGAGAAAAUCAGAGAAAAGGAACCAUCCACUGCUGUUACCACCACCAAGUUCUCAACUACUACACCCAUAUCAACCACGAGCAGCACUGAAUCCUCUACAACCACAACUACCACUACUACUCCCACUCCGAGUACAACGACGACGACACCGACACCACCAACCACCACCACCACCACUGAACCCACUACAACAACCACAAUUACCACUACUACUCCCACUCCGAGUACAACUACAACGACACAGACACCACCAACCACCACCACCAGCACUGAACCCCCUACAGUAACAACCACAACUACCACUACUACUCCCACUCCGAGUACAACUACAACAACACCCACACCACCAACCACCACCACCAGCACUGAACCCCCUACAGUAACAACCACAACUACCACUACUCCUCCCACUCCGAGUACAACUACAACACCACCCACACCACCAACCACCACCACCACUGAACCCACUACAACAACCACAACUACCACUACUACUCCCACUCCGAGUACAACUACAACAACACCCACACCACCAACCACCACCACCACUGAACCCACUACAACAACCACAACUACCACUACUACUCCCACUCCGAGUACAACUACAACAACACAGACACCACCAACCACCACCACCAGCACUGAACCCCCUACAGUAACAACCACAACUACCACUACUACUCCCACUCCGAGUACAACUACAACGACACAGACACCACCAACCACCACCACCACUGAACCCACUACAACAACCACAACUACCACUACUACUCCCACUCCGAGUACAACUACAACAACACCCACACCACCAACCACCACCACCACUGAACCCACUACAACAACCACAACUACCACUACUACUCCCACACCGAGUACAACUACAACAACACCGACACCACCAACCACCACCACCACUGAACCCACUACAACAACCACAACUACCACUACUACUCACACUCCGAGUACAACUACAACAACACCCACACCACCAACCACCACCACCACUGAACCCACUACAACAACCACAACUACCACUCCCACUCCGAGUACAACUACAACUACAACGACACAGACACCACCAACCACCACCACCAGCACUGAACCCCCUACAGUAACAACCACAACUACCACUACUACACCCACUCCAAGUACAACUACAACAACACCCACACCACCAACCACCACCACCACUGAACCCACUACAACAACCACAACUACCACUACUACUCCCACACCGAGUACAACUACAACAACACUGACACCACCAACCACCACCACCACUGAACCCACUACAACAACCACAACUACCACUACUACUCCCACUCCGAGUACAACUACAACAACACCCACACCACCAACCACCACCACCACUGAACCCACUACAACAACCACAAAUACCACUACUACUCCCACUCCGAGUACAACUACAACAACACCCACACCACCAACCACCACCACCAGCACUGAACCCCCUACAGUAACAACCACAACUACCACUACUACACCCACUCCAAGUACAACUACAACAACACCCACACCACCAACCACCACCACCACUGAACCCACUACAACAACCACAACUACCACUACUACUCCCACACCGAGUACAACUACAACAACACCGACACCACCAACCACCACCACCACUGAACCCACUACAACAACCACAACUACCACUACUACUCCCACUCCGAGUACAACUACAACAACACCCACACCACCAACCACCACCACCACUGAACCCACUACAACAACCACAACUACCACUCCCACUCCGAGUACAACUACAACGACACAGACACCACCAACCACCACCACCAGCACUGAACCCCCUACAGUAACAACCACAACUACCACUACUACACCCACUCCAAGUACAACUACAACAACACCCACACCACCAACCACCACCACCACUGAACCCACUACAACAACCACAACUACCACUACUACUCCCACACCGAGUACAACUACAACAACACCGACACCACCAACCACCACCACCACUGAACCCACCACAACUACCACUACUACUCCCACUCCGAGUACAACUACAACAACACCGACACCCCCCACAACAACCACAUCACCAACUACUGGCCCAACAACCACCACAACAUCUAAAACUACACUUACAACCCACUGCACCUGUUUAAUGAAUGGAAAUACAUUUUUUGAAGGUGAUAUAAUAGAACAGGGCGAGCACAGAGGCAUGUGCUAUCAGGCCAACUGCUCCUGGGGCUGUGAAGUAGUUUACAACUAUUGGCAUUGUACACCAACAACGACUACAACAGAGCCAACCACAACUACAACCACAACAGAGCCAACCACAACUACAACCACAACAGAGCCAACCACAACUACAACCACAACAGAGCCAACCACAACUACAACCACAACCACAACAGCACCAACCACAACUACAACCACAACAGAGCCAACCACAACUACAACCACAACAGAGCCAACCACAACUACAAAUAUAUCUAUAAAAACAGAAAAUCCUACUAGUACAACUCCAGGUUCUGGUUCACUGAUAUCCACACUCACACCCACGUCCACACCCACACCCACGUCCACACCCACGUCCACUUCCACGUCCACACCCACAAAAGGACCAUGCCCAUAUGAAAAUGGGACUAUUCUGGGUGAGUUACCACUGUUACUUGCUGUUGUCCAAACUAUAAAUUUGAAGAGAGAUAAUACCAAUGUCAUAUGUUUGGAUAUGAAUGUUGUUCUAUUUAAACUGUCAUGUAUUUUCUCACUGUCUUCUCAAAUACAGCCUGGAGAAUCUAUGUGGAUUUGUGACUGUGUCCAGGCCUUUUGCAUUUCAAACGACGAGUGGAUUUUAAAACCCAUAAAGUGCGAACCACCGCCUGAGCCCACAUGUUCCAAUGGGCUUGCUCCUGUCCGUGUGAUGGAUGAGAAUAAAUGCUGCUGGCACUGGGAAUGUGACUGCUACUGCACUGGCUGGGGAGACCCUCAUUAUAAGACCUUUGAUGGCCUCUACUACAGUUACCAAGGCAAUUGUACCUACACCCUGGUGGAAGAGAUUGAACAAACCAUCGACAACUUUGGAGUGUACAUUGAUAACUAUCACUGUGAUCCAAGGGAACCAGUGUCCUGUCCACGUACUCUCAUUAUAAAGCAUGAAACUCAGGAUAUACGCAUACACACUCUCUCAUCUGUUCCUAUCAAAAUAGAGGUACUCGUAAAUGGGAAGGUUGUGAAUUUACCUUACACAAAAUAUGGUGUCAAAAUUCAUCAGUUAGGUAUGAAUUACUUGGUGGAAAUUCCUGAAUCGAGGAUAAAUAUAACCUUCAACGGCAUAUCUUUCACUAUUCGGAUGCCCUAUGAACUAUUUGGCAACAACACCCAGGGCCAGUGUGGUACAUGCACCAAUAAUACAGCAGAUGACUGUCGGCUGCGCAAUGGAGAACUUGCAGAAAACUGUGUACAAAUGGCAGAUGACUGGUUUAUUACUGAUGACUCCAAACCCCAUUGCCCCCGAUUGCCCCCGAUUCAGGACACAACAGUCCCCCCGCCCUGCAAACCAUCUCCACUCUGUGAACUUUUACUUAAAGGUGAAUUUGAGAAGUGUCAUGAUGCUGUUGAUUAUGAAAACUACUAUGCAGCCUGCGUGUUUGAUAACUGCAGGCUUCCCAACCGUGGCAUGGAAUGUGCAAGUCUUCAGAUCUAUGCAUUAACCUGUGCAGACCAAGGUGUCUGCAUUGAUUGGAGAGGGCUUACCAAUGGCGCAUGUAGUGUCAGCUGCCCAUCUAACAAAGUUUACAAAGCAUGUGGUCCUUCUCAAGAGGAGACUUGCAAAUCAGGCUUAAUAGGAGUCAACCAAACCCAACAAAUUGAAGGCUGCUUCUGCCCUGAAGGGACAACACUUUAUGAUGCUGGUGUGGAUGUUUGUGUGAAAACCUGUGGAUGUGUUGGGCCAGAUAAUAUACCAAGGAAGUUUGGGGAGCAGUUUGAGUUUGACUGCAAGAAAUGCAGUUGCCUGGAAGGAGGCAGCGGUAUUACCUGUGAGCCCCUCAAAUGUCCAUCAGAUGAUGAUGAUGUCAGCUGUGAAGGAGAGGGAUUCUACACGAUCACUGAAGUCAACCCUGAUAACAAAUGCUGCUCUAAAACCACUUGUGUAUGCAAUGCCACUGACUGCACAACAGAGCCUCACGAAUGUCAGCCAGGGUUUGCGUUAGUUUCUGAAACUCCUGCAGGCUACUGCUGUCCUGUUUACCGAUGUGGUAAGUCUGUUUUAACAAAUUUUGAAAGGAUAAGCAUGACAUAUCACAUUCUGGUCCUAAGCAUGCUUAGAAGUGAAUCUGGCUGUUGUCAGUGGAAUUUACUUCCCAGUUGUAUCCUUAGCUUACGGUCUAAUGAAGCAGUAGCCAACCUGGUGCCCUCCAGAGGUUGUGAGACCAUGGCUCCUACCAUCCCUGACCACUGGCUGAAGCAUGAUCCCAAAGAUGUUUGUGUGGCUAACGGUAAUGAAUACACGCCUGGCUCUCAGAUCUUAGGAGAUAAGUGCCAGAAAUGUGUCUGCACAAAGGAAAAAGACAACAGUACUUCGCUGAAUUUGAUCAGUUGCAGCUACGUCCCAUGCACAGUGACGUGUGACCCAGGAUAUACUCUUUUUCAUCCAGAAGGUGAAUGUUGUGGGACGUGUGUGCAGACAAGCUGUGUUAUUCGAACACCUGAGAACGAUGUUUUAAUCUUAAGACCUGGUGAGCAACGGAGUGCUCCACACGACAACUGCACUGUUUACAGCUGUGUGAACAUAAAUAGGCAGCUGGUCUCCUCCACCUCUUCAAUAAGCUGUCCACCAUUUAACGAGCAGACCUGUCAGCCUGGCACCAUUGCGUAUUUGCCCAGUGGCUGCUGUAAAACUUGCAACCCCAAAGAUAACCCAGCACCAAUGCCACCAUGCUCUCUCUCUGAAACAAAGGACUAUAUCGUUCAUGAUGGUUGCCGUUCAGCAGACACAGUCACUGUGGCCCAGUGUGAAGGACAUUGUGGAACUUACUCAAUAUACUCUGCUGAAGCCAACUCCAUGGAACACAAGUGCACUUGCUGCAGGGAGUCAAAAGUAUCCCAAAAGGAGAUAACACUGCUGUGCCAGGACGGGAGGAACAAGAAACACAAGUACCUUCAGGUGGAAUCUUGCGAGUGCCUCAACACUGAUUGCAACAGUUCACACUCAUCAAACGAGUCCCAGAAGAGCACAGAAGAAAAUAGCAGGGAAGACUUCCAGGAAGAUGAACAGAAUGCCGUGGCUCGUAUCAGGAGGGCCAUUGGUUCGGUGAAGACAAGGAAGGGAAUAUAAUGAGCUAUAUCAACAGGUUACAAGUGAAAAGAAAAGUUAUACAGAGACAACCCAUGGUUUCAUUUUUCAAAAAUAAUUCUGUGCUUGCCCUUGCUUCCCACAGACCUCUUAAAUCUGUGCCCUCUUUGACUGUUUGCCCUUAUGAUCGCUUUAUUUAUUUGUGUUAAACAAAAAAACAAAAAAGUGCAAGUCAUUUUCCUC